AAUCAAUACAAACGAUUCACUGAUUGUAGUGGAAGGAUUAAGGAGCUGCCAUAGAGCCGUUAAAAUCAAGCUCUAAAGUUUACUUCAACUCUGGAGCCAUUAGAAGGAAGUGUUGACCGGACGUCCACUUAAUUUCGUAAAAGUACAAUGAAAGAGGUUUAUGUAUACAAACAUUUGAUCUAAGUAGUAAUAUCCGAGCAAUCCAAUCAUCGCUCCAUGGCUGAGAUGUAAGUUGUUUUGGCUCGGCUUUACAACAAAUGGCACUUAUAAGUUUGUGGCACUCAGUUACUGAGCAAGGACACCUGAAGGGGCAAAGUGUUUUGCGGUUUGUUGAUCACGCUAUUUACUGCCUCUGGGCACAAUGAUAAAAUUUUUAUGUCACGCGAACCUACCGGUCAAAAAGAGACAGAUAGAAUAUCCAAUUUGUCAACUGACUUGUCAUUGAAUACCGUUCCGUCCCAAGCCCUUGAACAGUGGAUUUGGUACGAUAGGUAAAUCCCGCGAAGUCUCACAGUUUUGCACAUUACAACCAGACAUCUGGGUCAAUAACAGAACAGGAUCAAUUUUCGCCGCGUCAUUCAACCAACAAUCAAAAGGAGACAGCGCUUGAAGUCAUAAACUGAAUUUUAAUUUUGCAAUAGUUGAAACGUCUAUCGCUAAUGCAGCCAAGUGAGAUUGCCAUCCCGUUGGGCUGCCUGUCAUUGCUGAUCGUAGUUACUAACAGCUAUGUGUGCCUCUUGGUGUAUUUACAUCCCAAGCUAAGGACUUACACCAAUGGAUUCGUUGUGUCCCUUGCAGUGUCAGACAUACUCACAGGUGCCCUCCUUUUGCCUUUGUACAUUGCUUUGCCAACGCACCCUGUCACAGGAUACAUCGUAUGCGCUAUUUUGCUUACGGGGGUCGCCAAUGUGUUUUUAGUGACUUUAGACAGAUACCUGGCUAUAAAAAAACCUUUUAAUUACUAUGCCGUCAUGAGGAGAUAUUUCUUCAAAUUCAUUGUAGGUUCUUGGAUUGUUCCUUUGUUUGUGUCAAUCAUUCCUCUCAUUUGGGGGUCAAAAGACAGUAUACUAGCUCAAGCAAUCUACAUGUUUAUGCUACAAGGUAUGGGCGUUGUUGUGCCGUAUUUAUUUGUGUGUAUAGCCUACUACCAGAUCUUUCAGCAAGCUAGGCAUAUUGUCAAGCGGUUACGACGAGAUAGCAGUCUCGGCAGCUGGCGAGGCAAACGGGACAAGAAAGAUAAACUGAAGAAAAACUCUAACAGCACGAUGGCUUCAGAGACAAAAGUUGCCAAGAUGUUUGCACUGAUAUCUAUUUCCUUCCUCUUAAGUUGGACGCCAGUUUUAUACUUGACCAGCGUUAUAUCUGCAAUCACUGACAGAAACACUGUGGAAAUGUUAUCGCCGGUGUGGCUCUUGGAUUUCUCUUUAUUUACUGUCGCACUGGGCUCUGCGGUCAAUCCAAUAGUCUACUCUUUCUUCAAACCCGACUUCCGGGGCAUUAUCAAAAAAAGAUUUCCUAACCGAACUCCUUCGUCAACUCUGAAACAGGAUUCAACAUGUGUUAUUGAUGUUGCUGUGAUAGUAAAAAACCUUAAAAAUGAAAAACAUGGCAAAGAAACCGACCUAUGAGAACUGUGAAUAUAACGCUUGGAAUUCAUCAAACAGAACCAAACGCCGCCUUAAGAUAACUCUAGUAUGUGUGUGAAAAGAAUUUGUUAUUUUCUAGUUUCGCUGUCACUAAUUGAUUCCAAACCAGCCAAAAUACUUAGUAAAUACUACUAAUCAAACAGCCCGUUACAAGACCGCCGCGGGCAUGAACAAUUAGUCCUAUCACCACUUAAUGACUUAAUCCAUGAAUAUUUUUUCACUUUCAUUAAAUCAAUAGUUAUGUAACUUAUGUUGGAAAAAUUAGUUUCACAGAACUCGGCGGAUGCAUGAUUCGUGAGUUUUGUCUGACAACCAGAUGUUGCAUAUAAUGGUACUUAACAAUUUUUUGGAGAAACGUGAAAAGGAGCACGACAUAGCAUGUGACACUGUUCCACUUUUAUGAUUAUCUUUAUGCUUACGAGAAAACUGGUAUCAACAAGUGGCAGAUAUUUAAUUAACAUCGAUAUGGAUCAUCGAAGUGGCUGAAAUCCGUUCAAUAGAUUUAAUGUGGUGCUUACUCGCCAUAUGAUGACUUGAGAUACGGAAAUGUUAGCCUUAUCUUUUAACACCCCAACCCCUAUAAAAAAGUAAAACAUGCCGGAUAAAAAUUCCGUUUGUUCUUGUUGUCAUAAUCGGUUUAAGGAAUUCUUGCCCCGUGCGUCGCUUGAUGUAACUAUGGUGGGAGGGGGAGCAAAGGUUAGAUAGAUAAAACAACGAGAUUCAAAAUAUGCGCAUGAAACCGGUAAGAAUAGUAAACCAAAGAUGGAUAGCUACCGAGAAAUACACAUAAGAAGAAAAAAUUAAAUCAGUAACAUCACAGUGUAUUUUAUAGAGAGACAGAUAUCGGAAAAUGGUGGCAAUGAUUAUUUACAGUGAAAUAACAAUUGCAAUGAAAAACAAUCCAAUUUAAACUUUAUUCUUACAUCUAAGAUAACCGUUAACUGAGCUUCGUUUGAUGCAUCUGUUUAUUAUUCAGUAAUAGUUAAAAAUAUAUCUAAGACUGAAUUGUUAUAUUAAACCAACU